AUGCCUCAGCCAGUCGUCAAGCGCGCCUGCGAUGCUUGCCAUCGUCGCAAGGUCAGAUGCAAUGGCGCCAACCCCUGCCGAAACUGCUCUGGUUCUCAGCUAUUGUGCACCUACAAUGCGAUUCCUCAGAAGAAGGGGCCCAAGGGCUCUCGUGCGAAGGUCAUCAGCGAGCUGAGAGAGACUCAGCGACAAACCAGCCUGGCCGCCAAGGUCCAUCAGAGACUGACUGGCGCGCCCGUCACACCCCAGAAUUACGGUCCCGAACCGUCGACUGGUCUACUAUCCAACGAGUUCAUGAAGGACUGCCUCCGAUACUUCUUUGACAACGUUUACGGGCAGAUGCCCAUUCUCGACAGACGAGCACUUGAGGAGCACAUGACGGUUAUGGAACAGGGCCGUGAUGUGUAUUGCCUGUUGAGCGCUCUCUGCGCAUUUGUCAUGCUCCAGCCUGGAACUGCGCUGCCCGUCAACGACUCAUUCAACCUCGAGCUGCACCCGGGCGCCAACAUCGCUGCAAGCCAGCUCCUUCUCGAUGAGUGCAUCCGGGUCCGGAAAGCCAACGACUACCAAGACUCCAUCACCCACUACGUUCUUGUCACCAACUACCUCAUCUUUGCUUGCCACUUUGCCCUGGACAACCACGACAAGGCCUGGUUUUAUUUGCGUGAGACCAGUACCAUGAUGCACAUGGCCGGCAUGCACAAGGAGGACUUCUACUCGUCCCUUGAGCGAGAAGAUGCCACACGAAGACGCCAUCUUUACUGGCUCGUGCUUAUGACGGAGAGAUCGUACGCUAUCCAGCGUAAUCGACCUCAAACUCUCCAGUCCUCGAUUCGCCUUCCUGGUGUGGGUGACGAGACGGGAAACCCCAGGAUGUUCGAUGUCAACACCUUUGCCAUUCGCGCAAAGCUCUUUCAGCCAUUCGACAACGCUUGUUUGGCAACCUGGAAGAAGGUGCAGAGCCAGUUCUCGGCUGCCCAGAUCACAGGGCUCCAGAAGCAACUUCAAGAAGCGGCCAUCGCGUUCUCCUGUCAGGAUACAAGCCUGGCUGAUAUGGGAACAAAUCAACAGUGGCUCCAAAACCUCAUUUGGCAGCUCACUCCCAACAAUGGGCCCGACGGUAACGAGGAAUAUAUGGCCCCCUCUCGUCGAGACCUGCUCAUGACCAUUGCCUCUGGUAUCCCCAGUAUUAAGGGAAUGGAUGUCGUGGGUAGUGGAUGCAUUGAGAGUCUUCUCCAAGCAUGCCAUCUUCUGAAUGAUGUUCUCUAUCGUCAACCACACAUUCGCCAUCCUUACAGUGUUGGCCCUCAUGAUCACCUCCAGCAGCUGCUGCAAAUCCUGGGGAUGUUGAGACACAGCCACUGGCACUACCUGCCUCUGCUGCUCACCAAGGUGGUUGAGGUUCUUCCCCGUCUCACCAACCCGAUCCUCCCCAACGCACCAGAGAACUGUCAAAUGGCCAACAUUGACAUCUUCGACGGCUUCGGCAAUGCUGGCAUGGCUCAGCCUCCGAUGGCCAUGUACCAGGGUCAGUCGGGCGCGGCUGAUGCUCUGGGGCAGCUUCCACUGCCAAUGUUCCAGGCCCAGGUCGAGAGGGAUUGCAAGCCCCCAAUGGCCAUGUACCAGGGCCAGAUGGAGACACCUGACUCUAUGGGCCAGAUGUCACUGUUCCAGGACCAAUCCAACACACCUGAUUCCAAGGCACAAGCAACGAUGGCGAUCUACCAGAACCAGAUCACUACGCCCGAUUCACUGGCCAACUCAAAUGGUGGCAAUGGAACACCCCCAGGAUCGCAACAGGACAACAAUAUGAGUUCCUCGUUUGUGACACCGCCCAGUGUUGUCUCACCUGGGAUGGAAUAUCCCCACAACUUGACCAAUUUCAAUGUAUCUGAUAUGGUCAUGAGUCCGAUGGGCGACGGAACACCUCCCAACUCGAUGAACUACAUGCCAAACCAACAACAGCAGAUGUCGAUGCAGGGAGAUGGGAUGUGUCAGCCUCAAAUGGACAACAUGGCGUCACGGGGCAUGCGCAACCAGAGCCUGAAUGCUCAGUCCAUGUACGACUUGCAACAAACACCAGAAACAGCAGGCAGUUACCAGAUGCAAAGCCAAGCGCCCAUGACAGGCCAGAGCCAAGCGUCGAUGUCACGGCAACGUCAAGCCUCGAUGGCUGGGCAGGGCCAAGCAUCGAUGGGAGUGAUGGCCAACGAGAUCGACUUUGGCGGGCUGUAG